UACAAAUCUCUGGUGAGAGAAGAAGAAGAAAAAGGAAAAGAAACAGAGGAAACAUGGAAGCUCACAGUCUCCCAAACCCAUCUUCCUUCCAUGUUCUCACAUUCCUUUUCACCAUUCUUCUAUUCAUCUCCCACCAUACCCAACCAGUCUCAGCCACCACCAGCACCACCACCGCCACCACCAGCACCACCACCAAUCAAGCCUAUGCAAACUUCAUCCGCACCGCCUGCAACACCACCACAUACCCAUCAGUUUGCUUCAAAACCUUCUCUCGCUACGCUGCCGUUGUCCAAAUCAACCCCUGGAAGCUUAGCAACACCGCCCUUAACAUCACCCUAAAAGCCGCCAAGAGCACAUCUAAACUGGUGUCGAAGCUUGCUCAACAGAAUGGUUACACUCCCACAGACGCAGCUGUCAUGAAGGACUGCAUAGACAAUAUUGGAAGCAGCAUAGAUGAGCUCAAGCAAUCUAUUCAAGCAAUGACAACUGUUGAUAGUAGCUCUGAUAAGCUGUUUCAGAUGGACAGCAUCAAGACUUGGAUGAGUGCCGCCAUAACGGAUCAGACUACUUGUACAGAUGGAUUUUAUGGCGGCGAAGUGAGUCCCAGUGUGAAGAACAGGAUCAGUAAUAGCAUUUUGAAAUUCACCAGACUUACUAGUAUUUCUCUGUCUCUCAUCAACAACCUCACUUAUUAAGAACGCAACAGUAUAAUAGUGGUUGAUUCACUUAAAUGAAUUUUUAUUUUUGAAAUUUACAUUGUGAUAUUUGUUCGGUAAAAAGAAAAGAAGUAUAUAUUCCAAAUGAAAUUGUCAUUUAUCAAUAUAGUACCAUGCUCAUUCCAUUGAGAGGUCAAGGAGUAAUUAUUUCAUUUUUACCGCAAAUCAUCAUUACAAUAAACGAAACACUCAUGAAUUACGCACUAAUGUUACUUUAAUAAUAAGUUUUUUUUUUGUUUAUUAUUUUCAAAAAUUUCACUGAAUUUCUUAUAAAUUAAAUGGAAACAAGUUCAACCAUCCUACUCCAUAUAAAGAGUGUUGGUUCAUGAGUCCAGAUCCUCUGCCAUGGUUCCUGCGAUGCUUCUAAAACGACGUCGUUUUUGUUGUUGUUGUUGUUAUUUAUUUUUAUUUGUUUCAGCUCUCAAAACCAGAGAGAGACCAUCUAAAACAGAAAACCAGAGACGAAGAGGAAAGAGGGACGGGCAGCGACGACUGUGGCGGUGAGGCCACAUUCAGUUCCUCCGACUCCAUUUCUCUCUCGUCGUCGGCGACCCAACCACCCCAAUCGUUUACAUUGGCUUUUCAAGGCUCCGAUCGAAGAUUUCUGAUCUUAAUCAACUCCCAAUCAACGAUGAUGAAGCCCCUCUGGUGUUGAUCAGUUCAGAUGACGACGUUCGGUGCAUGGUCGAUGAGUUUGACAAGCUCGAAUCGCUCGAUAAGCCCUCUAGGCUCUGGAUUUUUGUUUGAAAUGAAUGGGUAUGUUUUUAGACAUAAAAACUGUGUUGAUCUGAGAAUUUAAAUGAUGGGUCUCGGGUUUCUUAUAAAAAUUAUAAUGGGUUAGGUGGUUUGAAGAGUGUGAGUGAUCCUUCUGUUAAUGGUAAUGGGCAUGAGAGUUUUCGAUUGCAAUGGAUAUUCAAUCUCUUCCUCUUUUCUCUCUCUUCCUUGUGUAUUUAAACCCAAAACCCAUCAUUGUUUUCACAAUUUCAGCAAAACCCAAAUUUUGAAAAUCACUUCUGAAGAUUGUUUUUGUCAAGAACAUCAUGGUUAAUUCAUGUGUGAUAGAGAAUGCUGAGGCAAAAAUUGAAUGAAAAUUGAAUGAAAAUGGACGAGUAGAAUGAAGGGAAUGUAAGAUUAGGGAAAAGAGGCUGUUUUUUUUUUUUUUUUUUUUGGGUUACAUAAAAAGGUUGUUCAUCUUCAUCAUCUUCCUCACUGGUUCGCAAUUAUCAUUUGAAACGAGCGACUUUGGUUGGGAAAAGAGGUGGGCCGAGAACUCCUGUGCCUACUUGAAGAUGGAUUCAAAAUCACCUCCUCCAAGUGUUCCACAAAAUGCUAAAUCAAUGAAAUAUCCAUCAAGUAUGGAUCUCUUUUGACACCCAGUUUAAUGGUAAUGGGCAUGGGCAUGAGAGUUGGAAUUCAAGCUUUUGACACCCAGUUUAAUGUUUGGUGGUCUGUCUCUCUGGUUAUGAGAGCUGAAA